GUUCAUGGCUUCAUGGCGGCGGUGCCGUUCGUCUUCCUCUUCCCGAUUGGGUCUAUCGUGUUGCGUUUCUUCCGACCUCAUCCAAGGGCGCUGCAGUUGCACAAAUGUACCCACAUGCUUGGGUAUAUCAUGUAUCUUUCGGCGCUCGGGAUGGGUCACUUCAUCAACGAUCGCAAAGAUGCACUUACUGAUGGGGACGAUAGCCUUAGACACAACUGCCACGGCAUUAUCGGCACCGUCGUUGCGGUCCUGCUAACAAUGCAGGUCUUAUUGGCUUUCAUGUGUCGCCGCCACGGUGAUUUCAGGUUCCAGAACCCACGACCUCAGCACCACAUCUGGUCAUAUCUACAUAUGAUCCCCGGUCACUUCGUCAUAUCUCUGGGCGUUUUAAACGGGGGCGUAGGUCUGUGGGAAGCUGAGGGCUCGGACAGCGCAAUGUUGAAGAUGUACAUUGUUGUGGGCGUGCCGGCGGCCCUGUGGCUAUUGAUCACGAAGGUGAUUAUUGGUUGUUUCUCGCGUUGGCGACGGUAA